AAUUAACUUAAACUUGCUAUGUAGACAACUUGGUUUUGGACUUCUGAUCUUCCUGUCUCUACCUCUGGAGUGCAGGUAUUACAGCCACCAACAGGCCCUGCUCUGCAGUGUUGAUGAUCCAGCCUAGGGCUUUGUGAGUACAUGGCAAGUACUCUCUCAACUGAACUACAUGAACAAACAAGAAUAUCCUAUCAUACUGUGUUUUACUUAAUAACUGACAACUCUACGUAUGUACAUAAUGCAUUCUGGCUAAUAUCCCGCAUUCUCUUAUUUCCUCCCACCAUUGUCAAUCUCAUGACUUCCAUGAAAAUCUCUUUCUCAUAUUCCUAACUUCCUCGGCGUCCUGCAGAUUAGAUUUAGUGCCAUCUGUGUGACUGUGGUGUUAGACCUCUCCACUAGAGCCUGUUGACUCACCACUCACCAGUGGGCUAACACACAAAUGAAUACAAUGCUUAGGUGUCAUUAGUUCAGCAGUAAGUGGUAAUGUCUGUCUCUUUGUCAUGGUAACUGCUGUCAUGGAGUGGCAGGUGUUGAAUUUUGACAGAUAGAAGGAGUGGAAGUGUUUGAUUUUUGUUCUUGUAUUUUUCCCUGAGACAGGGUGUCAUGUGCCCCAAGCUGGUAUCCAAUUCUCUAAGGAGUUUUGAAUUUCCUCUUUCAAUCUGUGAUCCCCCACCUCUACUCAUUGAGUCCUGGGAUUACAGAAGAACACACCAAUUUCAUGGUGCUGGGGAUAGAACACGAGCUCUGUGACUACUAAGCUGUCACUCUCCCAUCUGAUUCUUUUUACUACUCCUGGAUUUUCUUUUUCACAAACAAACAAGCAUCAGUGGUCUAAAAUAAAAAUAAAAACUUUACAUAAUACAUCAGCUAUCAUGGCAUGCAUAGUUCAUACUGCAUAAUUUAUCCUUUUUCAGUGUAAUUUUCAAUGGUUUUAAUAUGGCUCUUCAAAAGCUACACAGUCAGUGACUUUUUUUUAGAACAUUUUCAUUACUCAAAAAAAAAAGUUGCAUGAACAUUUACAAACAAUUGAUCAGAUGGAUUCUCCCUAUUUCAGGAGAGUCACUUGUUUGUUUCCUGGUCACCUGGCACUCAGACCCAAACUAACCACACAGAAACUGCAUUAAUUAAAUCACUGCUUGGCCUAUUAGCUGUAACAUUUUAUUGACUAGCUUUUAUAUCUUAAUUUAACUCAUUUACUUAUUUUAUAUUUUACUAUGAAGCUUGUGGCCUACCAACAAGGUUUCAGCAUACGUGUUUCCAGUGGCAGCUCCAGGGUUUCUCCCUACUUUGCCUUCUUCCUCACAGCAUUCCAUUUAAUUUUCCCCACCUAGCUAAGUUCUGCCCUGAUAUAGGUUCAAAGCAGAUUUUUUUAAAUUCAUUAAUGGUAAUCACAGCAUACAGAGGUGGAAUUCCACAACAUCCUUAACUUUCUCUAUAGGCUUUUUUACUCACCCAUAGCUGUUAGGGCCACCUGCAGACUUGAGUCUUAUUUCCUCCUUUUGUAAGGCAUGACAUCAUUGAACUGUGUAAACAACUGGUCCAUUGGAACAUAUUAGACUCAGUCAUCUCUGCCAACUCAACUUGACAGAUCAGAAUGACCACUCCACUACACUCUAUUACAUAGUGGUGCGUAUUGUCAAGAAUAUUUUCAAAAUCUGGUAAGUUGGGUGUACAGAAAGACACUUAGUAAUGGGCUAGAGGGAAGGAGAUGAAUAUGUGUAAGUCAUACUUUAGGAGAAGUAACUUUAUUUGUUAGGAGUCAAAGUGAGGACAAAUUGUCACAAGUUGCUGUUGUUUUGCUGAGUUGACUUGUAAAAAAAUGACAAAAUAUCUUUUAGAGAGGGAAAGGGGCAUUCUGUAAAGAUCUCCAUGCAGAUGGCAAAAUGUAUUUUCAUGUAUUUUUGAAUGAAGCCAGUCUUGGUGAGAGGGCCUUUCAUGUCAAUGAAUUUGUUUAAUUUUUAGUGGAAAGUAAGAACCUUUGGUCUUCCAAAAUGACAACAUCAUUUAUUGAUUCUUCCCAAAACGUAAACUCACAGAACAGCAAAACAGGCUCCUCGUGAACUUUAUCAUCAGUCAAGGCUAAUAGAUACCAUAUUCCAAAUGAAGCAGAAGUGAGCCAUCUACUGACUGGAGCCCUGGCCCUACGCAUCAUUCCUGGUUAUAAAUACCAUAGCCUGGGAGCACUUCAGCACAAGUAGGAGAUGGCAAGCCCUGGAAAGGGUAGCACACACAACUGGAGGCAGAACACAGAGAGGUACAUUGCUGAGAGACAAGCAAUCAUGGACCUGACUUCAACCCUCUCACUGGAAACCUGGGUGCUCCUGACAAUUAGCUUGAUGCUCCUAUACCUAACUCAGUAGAAACAGACACAAGCCAUGAGCCGCAAUGCACACUGGACCCUUCACCCUUUUCCUAAGCUCUCUAGGAACUGGAGAGGCAGCUAAGGUAUUUGGGACCCAAAAUCAUAACAUUUUUAAGAAACAGGGAAUUCCUGGACCCAAACCUCUGCCAAUUUUAGGAACUCUACUGAAUUACUACAAGGGUAUAUGGAAAUUCGAUGUUGAGUGCUAUAAAAAGUAUGGGAAAAUAUGGGGGUUGUUUGAUGGUCCAACACCCAUGUUUAUUAUCACAGACCCAGACAUGAUCAAGAAGGUGCUUGUAAAGGAAUCCUAUUCUGUCUUCACAAACCGAAGGGUUAUAGGACCAGUGGGUGUGAUGAGUAAAGCCAUCGCCCUAUCUAAGGAUGAGGAGUGGAAGAGACUUCGAGCCUUGCUGUCUCCCACCUUCACCAGUGGAAAACUCAAAGAGAUGUUUCCCAUCAUUGAGGAGUAUGGAGAUAUUUUGGUAAAAUACUUGAGAAGGGAGGCAGAGAAAGGCAAGCCUCUCAACAUGAAAGAAGUGUUUGGGGCCUACAGCAUGGAUGUGAUCACAAGCACAGCAUUUGGUGUGAGCGUCGAUUCCCUAAACAACCCAAAGGAUCCAUUUGCAGAAAAGACCAAGAAGUUCUUAAAAAUAGAUUUUUUUGAGCCGCUAUUCUUGUCAAUAAUUCUCUUUCCAUUCCUCAUCCCAAUAUAUGAGAUGUUAAAUGUCUCCAUGUUUCAAAAAGAUUCAAUAUCAUUUUUCAAAAAAUUUGUGAGCAGAAUGAAAGAAAAUCGACUGGAUUCUAAACAGAAGCAACGGGUGGAUUUUCUUCAGCUGAUGAUGAACACUCAAAAUAAUUCCAAAGACAAAGAGUCUCAUAAAGCUCUGACUGACAUGGAGAUCACUGCUCAGGCAAUUAUGUUUAUCUUUGCUGGCUAUGACACAACCAGCAGCACACUUGCCUUUGCCCUUCAUUCACUGGCCACUCACCCUGAUAUCCAGAAGAAACUGCAAGAAGAGAUCGACAUUGCUCUGCCCAAUAAGGAACCUCCCAACUAUGAUAAAGUGAUGGAGAUGGAGUACCUCGACAUGGUGUUGAAUGAAACCCUCAGAUUAUACCCAUUUGGUCUGAGACUUGACAGAUUCUGUAAACAGGAUGUGGAAAUUGAUAGUGUACUUGUUCCCAAAGGGUCUGUCAUGAUUAUACCAGUUUAUGCUCUUCACCAUGACCCACAGUACUGGCCAGAGCCUGCAGAAUUCUGCCCUGAAAGGUUCAGCAAGGAAAACAAGGGCAGCAUCAAUCCUUAUGUAUACCUGCCCUUUGGGAAUGGACCCAGGAACUGCAUUGGCAUGAGGUUUGCUCUCAUGAACAUGAAACUUGCUCUCACUAAAGUCCUUCAGAACUUCUCCUUCCAGCCUUGUAGGGAAACACAGAUCCCUCUGAAAUUAAGCCGAACACCACUGCUUCAAACAGAAGAACCCAUUGUUCUAAAGGUUGUACCACGGGAUGCAAUCAUAACAGGGCAUCAAGGGGUCCUGUUGUGUUCUUCAAGAAGCUGAAGCCUAAGGGCAAUGGAAACUUUAGUUUACUUCAUGAAUAAAACCCAGGAGAAGAUAAGGUUUAGUUGAGUGGCCUUGAAGAAUCAUUAUUAUGAUCUUUCAUGCAUCCAUUGAGCUUUCUCAGUUUCAAUACUCAGUGUGAAGAAAAAUGACUAAGUCAAUGACAGAUGGAAAUUUAUUUUUCUGGUUAUCAUGCUACCACCUCAAUCCACAUCUGGUCGGCUCCAUCUGUUCUUUUGAGCUCUUUUGAGAGUAACCUUUCCUCUGCAAUUUGAUCAAUAAUGUGUUUUUAUGAACAUGUGAAGCAUUGUGAUAUCACUUAUUAUAAAACUGAUACCAGCUGUUUUAGUUGCAGUGUUCUACAAUAAAUGUUACACUGAAAAUAUAGACAUCUCUUUUAAAAAUAAAAUUAUUUGCUUGUU